CCUGCGCGCCUGGGCGGCUGACGGCGGAGUAGGAACGGGCCCCGUGCCCGGAAUCUCGGCUGCCGCUGCUCGAGAGCGGCCUGCGCCAUGGCCACCUCAGCCGCCUCCUCAGAGCAUUUCGAGAAACUGCAUGAGAUCUUCCGCGGCCUCCAUGAAGACCUACGAGGGGUGCCGGAGCGGCUCCUGGGGACGGCUGGGACAGAAGAGAAGAAGAAGUUGAUCAGAGAUUUUGAUGAAAAGCAACAGGAAGCAAAUGAAACGCUGGCAGAGAUGGAAGAGGAAUUACGUUAUGCCCCCCUAUCUUUUCGUAACCCUAUGAUGUCUAAGCUUCGAACCUACCGGAAGGACCUUGCCAAACUCCAUCGGGAAGUGAGAAGCACACCUUUGACAGCCACUCCUGGGGGUCGAGGAGACAUGAAAUAUGGUACAUACGCUGUAGAGAAUGAGCACAUGAAUCGGCUGCAGUCUCAAAGGGCAUUGCUUCUGCAAGGCACUGACAGCCUGAACCGGGCCACCCAGAGUAUUGAGCGUUCUCAUCGGAUUGCUGCAGAGACUGACCAGAUUGGCUCAGAAAUCAUAGAAGAGCUUGGGGAGCAACGUGAACAGUUGGAACGUACCAAGAGUAGACUGGUAAACACAGGUGAAAACUUGAGCAAAAGUCGGAAGAUUCUCCGUUCAAUGUCCAGAAAAGUGACAACCAACAAGCUGCUACUUUCCAUUGUCAUCUUACUGGAGCUCGCCAUCCUGGGAGGCCUGGUUUAUUACAGAUUCUUUCGCAAGCAUUGAACCUCCUACAGGGAACGGUUUGUGGACCAGGACUGUGACUCUGUGAAUGAAUGGUGUUUGUUAGACACGUGGAAAAAUCUUACUGUUGCUGUGAGCUAACGGUUCAAGAAGGCCCUGUGUAGCCAGACUGUGGGAGGAGGGAGGAAGGCGGAAAACCACUUAAAUGUGAAGGAACAGCAAUAAGACCAGUAUGAUAUACCAAGGUAGUAAA